ACCUGUGUUGAUCCUCAUUGACCCGUGUUGGUGCCGAACCAUUUCGACCCAUGUUUGUUAACCCACCAUCCAGACACAUCGGUCCCUAUUCGAUCUGUGUUACGGUUGAUCCCUACUGCUCUGCUUUCACCAGCGUUGCUCUUUAUUAACCCAUGCUAACCUGUGAUAACCCACGUAGGUCCAUGUUGACCUACAUCCACCAGUGCUGGCCCAUGCUGAUGCCUGCAGUUGAUCUCUGUUGAUCUUCUUUCACCACUGUGGCUCUUUAUGGACCCUUAUCAAUCUACGUUGGCCCGUGUUGACCCCCGUCACUCUGCUGCUCCAUUUGCCCCGUGUUGACUACUGCCAAUCCGUGCUGGCCCACGUCGACCCAUGUUGAUCCCCCGUUGACCCACGAUGACCUGUGUUGCUCUUUACUGACCCAUAUUGAUCUGUGUUGAGCCAUGUUGAUCCGUGCUGACCUAUGUCAACCCCCUUUUCACCCAUACUGACCCAAAUGACCAAAGAGGUACCCCAUGGGGAUGCCUUGUUCCUCCACGAAGAUGCGUGGGUGCUCCAAGGGGAUUCUUGAGUGCUCCAAGGAGGUGUCUGGGGAGCCCUUGGGUGAUGCUAGGGUGCCCCAGAAACACGCUGGGUGAUCCGAGGAGAUGCUUAUGUACCCAUGGAGAUGCUUGGUUCCACGAAGAGAUUCUUGGGUGCUCCAGGGCGGUUCUCAGGUGCCCUUGGCGAUCUUUCUGUCCCUGUUCUAUGCUUGGGUGCCCACUUCUAUGCUUGGAUGCCCCAGAAAGAUGCUUUGGGUGCUCCAGGGAGGUGCCCGCAUCCCUGGGGCGAGGGCUGGCCCUGAUGCCACCCGGGGUAGAACAGACGUCCCUGUCCACCUGUGUCCCCUGGGGGGUGGGCGGGCACUGGGUAGAGCCUGGGGGGGGACCAAGGGGAGGUGGGAGGUUCCUUGUGUCCUCCUAUGCUCGCGGCGUGGGUGGCACCGGCAGUGCCACACUUGGCGCUGCUGCGGGGACGUGACAGAGUGAGGAGAUAUCAGGGUGGUAUCUGUCAACCCCCCCCCCUCACCCCUAAGGACUCCUAUGGGGGGGGGGCAGGGUGCUAUUAUUGUAGUGUCUCCCCAGAUUCCGUAUUGUUGAACCCCCACCAGUUUGGGUCAUGAUGGAUGAGGGACCGCUCAAGCUGGCACAGGCCAAGCGCCGGCGGGACCUGGAGGCGGAGCUUCGUGACCUCAGCAACCAGGUGGCGGCGCUGGGGCGGAGCCUGGCGCACGAAAGGGGGCGGAGCCUGGCAGAGGGCGGGGCCUUGAGGGCCCUCGAGAUCGCGGUGGGCGGAGCCAAAGCUCGAGUGGGCGGAGCCUUCCGAGCCCGGGAUCGAGCGUGGGAGCGGCUGCGGCAGCAGCAGGAGGCGGGGCGCGGGUUGUGGGCGGAGCUGGAGGCGGCGCGAGCGGCCCGGGAAGGGGCGGAGCUCCGGGCUCAGGAGGCGGAGUCUCAGUGCCGGGAGAAGGAGGCAGAGCUGCAGCGCCUGCGGCAGGCAGUGGCAGCAGCCCAGCGUGCCCGGCGGCGGGCGGAGCAGGAGCGGGAUGACGUCACCGCCCACGUGCCCCGCCCACCCUCACCCACAUGCAGGGGGGACCACGACCCUGCGGGGCUGCAGGCGGCGCUGUUGGAACUGCGGGCGCACAACAGGGAGCUGCGGCAGCGCCUGCAGCAACGGCACGAGGAGGCCCAGGAGCUGCAGCGGGCGCUGAUGGGCGCCCAGGCGAGGAGCAGAGCAGCGGCGGAGGGACGGGCAGAGCUGGAAAGGGAGCAGAGGGGUCUGCAGGGGAGGCUGAGGGACCCCGGGGUGACCCCACACCCGGCCGAGGCCGCCCUGACCGCCCGCUGCCUCCACCUGCAGGAGCUGCUGCAGCGCGAGGCGGGGGUGGUCCCGGGGUGGUCUGUGUGCUGCUGGACGUCACGGGGCCCCCCCGUGGGCGCUGCAGGGCGCGGGCGGCGCUGUCGCGGGCAUCGCGGGCUGCGGGACGGCGGCUGCGGGUGCUGCUGGGGGAGGUGGAGGAGCAGCGGCUGCGCGGGGAGCGCUACCGCCUGCAGGCCGAGGCCGCCGAGGCAGCCGUGCGUUCCGUACGGGAUCAGCUGUCGGCGGUGGCGGCGGGGGCGGUUCGUGCCCAGGCUGAGGGUCAGCGCCUGCGCCGGGCGCUGGAGGACAUCGGGGACGGCACCGCCGCCACCGUUUGCCACGUGGCCGCCCUGCGGGUCCGCCUCAGGUGUGACCCACUGACGCUGUCCCGCACGGUGCGCCGGAUGCUGCGUGGGGACGAUGGGGACAGUGACAGCGACAGCGACAGCCCGGGGGGGCGCAGCAGUGGGGCUGAGGAGCAGCCCUGAAAGGGAACCCCCCGGGGGGACGGCUUCAAUGGGGGGCUUAAAGGGGGCG